AUGGAUCCAGUGGACACGGCGAUUCUAUGGGCAAAGUAUGCCCAAAGGCGAGUAACUUCCACCUUGGACAACAUUACUAACAGCGAUGUUUUGGUGGAUACUUCAGAAUUUAUAAAUAAAACAACUGACUCAAUAUUCGAUUUUUAUAAGGACAAACUCCCAGGAAGGAAAUCUCCAGUACCUCAAAUAGAUAUAGAUCAUGGUGCAGGUAUCGGAAAUUUUCUCAAUAACAAUAAGAAACUCAUUUCUUUCCUCCUUGGAGGUGCUAUUGUGGGCGGAAUUUUUUACAAUUUUUACUUCAAGAAUCAGAAUGAGAACAUAAUAACUAUUAGAAACAAUAAGAAAUAUAUCAAGACAAAUAAGACGCGCCGAGCAAAGAGAUUAAAGAAUGGUGCUAGAACCAAUGUUGUGAUUAUUAUUGGUUCACCUUUAGAACCUUUGAUCAGAAUUGUGGCUAACGACCUUGAAAAAAGAGGGUUUAUAGUAUACAUUACAGCGAUCAACGAGAGAGAAAUUCAAGAAAUCAAUGCUGAGAAUUCUGAAGAUAUCAGGGCUUUCAAGUUAGACUCUCUAGACGAAGAGACUCUUAAUACCCAGAUUGAAUCUUUUGGAAAUACAAUAAAUGGACCGGUUGUUCCAUUUGCACAAGCUAAGGCCCACCAUUUGAAAUUAAUUGGCGUGCUAAUAGUCCCAGACUUAUAUUAUCCCGUUGGCCCGGUUGAAAAUAUUGGCUUAAAAGGUUGGUCCGAUUGCUUGAAUGCAAAAAUCAUGUCACCAUUAGUGCUUUUUUCAAAUAAGUUUGUCAAUGUGAUCCGGAAAAACAAUUCAAUUGAAUUUGGUGAUAAAAGUUUGAAUGUUAUGUCAACCAAAUUGAUUUUUCUCUCGCCCAAUCUUGUUUCAUCAAUAAAUUUACCAUUCCAUGCUCCAGAAACUGUUGCAAUAAACUCUUUGAAUUACAUUUUUGAAUCCUUUGCUAGAGAAAUCAUCACCGAUAAUACUUUAAAUCUACAAGUGAUUAGUUUGAAAAUUGGAGCUCUUAAUAUUUUCAACCACUCAAGCAACAAGGACACGCAAGAGAAAAUUAAAAUACAGUUACAAAACCAAAUAUUGGGGUGGGGAGAUCAUAUGAAAGCCAUUUAUGGUUCAAAUUUCAAGCAUAUUUGUCUCUUAAGUGGACCUUCGCCCAACAUUCGGGGUGCCAAUUUGCGUGAACUCAAUUACAAAAUCUUUGACUUGCUAUACAGUGAUAUCAACUCAUCAAAGAAAGUAACGUAUAAAAGGGAUUUGAAAAUUGCCCAUGUUGGCAGAGGAUCUCGGUCAUAUGAUUUCCUCGGUAAAUAUUUGCCACAUGGCCUUAUUAGUUGGUUUCUUGGCUGUAAUAGUUUGCAAAAUAUGAUACUCAGUAGCUUCGGAUAA